AUGUAUCCGGCUACAUCUUCACCGCCAGUCCUACUUCCGAGAAGUGGUCUUGCGGCCCAAAUAGUUCCGUUUGCGCAAAAGUGUGACUUAGAAUUGAGUUUGAAUUUUGCUCAGCACAUCGAGAGCGACGUUUGUGUCAGUGCCUUAGGAUACCUACCUGCCGAAUCAGUUUCAAAAGCAUAUUCCGGGGAAGAAAUUUGUCAGAAAAGUGCCCUACCUCCCGGUCGAAGGAUUACGAUCCGUAAGUCCAGCUCGACCGGUCUGUUGACUCCGAACGAAGCCGAUAGUGUGAUGAAAAGUUGUAAUUGGAUUCGAUCCAUCAAGCUGGCCAGUGAUGUGAGAAGUUAUAAUGCCAUGCUCGAACUGACCCCCGGUCAACUUAUACGGCUCCGAUUGACGAAGGACGUUUGUGCCGAAGAAGAACUGAGCAUGUGGUUUUCCGAGGAUAUCAGUGCACAUAUGCAGAUGCCGUUCCUAACACCAGCCAAUAUUCAACGCCAAAAUUGCUACGUUUGUCACAUAUGCCGGAAGUCCUACGAGUAUCCGAACCCCCUGAAGAUUCACAUAGCCACCGGUUGUGGGCAGCAAUCAACGAACGUCCUUUGGCAGCGUCUGUUGCACAGCAUCACUCGCUUCAGCUUCAACCCGGAAUGUGAUUUCCAACCGUGGAGAAGUUCGGCUUUUCGACCCGUCCUAAGUUCCAACGCGAUGAAAGUGGAACUGUCUCCAACUCAUCCGUUACCACCGCUAAACAAAUCACCUCCCUUGGAACAGCCCCUUCAUCAUCAUAAUCAUCACCAUCAGAGUCAUCUUCGCCAUCAUCACCAUCACCACCCGUUGGUCGACGAUUCCACCAUGGUAACGGCAGCUCAUCUGGAAACUAUCGUCAGCAACAUGGGAUCCUCGAAACAGGGUCACAUCUGUAUCUACUGCGGGAAACUGUACUCCCGGAAGUACGGAUUGAAAAUUCACAUACGAACCCACACGGGAUUCAAACCGCUCAAGUGCCAGUACUGCUUUCGUCCAUUCGGUGAUCCCAGCAAUUUGAACAAACACAUUCGUCUGCAUCGACAGCACGACAGUUCACUGUACGAGUGUAAUUUAUGUGGAAAAAAAUUGGCACGCAGAAGGGACCUUCAGCGACACCUUCAAUCGAGACAUAACAGUAGUCAGGUAAUCGAAAGUUCCACUUCCGAAGAAGAAGAUGAAGAAGUUGUUUGA